AUGUUGAGGCUAAAAGAAGACCAAGUGGUUCCAUCAGUGCUAUCAGUUUAUAAUCGUAUAAAACAGUACCGGCCGCAUUUAAGUGAGCAAGAGCGUUUCACCUUAGUGCAAAAAAAAGUGUUGAAAGACUACGGUUUAACAGUGACUAAUGAAAACUUAACUAAGAUUGUGGAAGUCCAAGAAAACCUGAAACCCGAAGUGCCUGUUAAGAAAAAAUUCAACUUUGAAUCUCACAACGAAUGGUGUAAGAAAAAAACUGUAAUAGAACAUUGCGUUAACAUGCAAAGUUGUUCUGAGCAGUUUCCAGCAAAUCAUUUUGUAUUCAGAGGUAAUUUGCAAACUAGUUCCCCAAAACCACCACUUCAUACUAGAGUUAUUAAAACUGCCACCAAAAAGCUACAGAAUAACAAUAAAGAAAAUUCCAACAUUUAUGAACGUCUCUAUGAAUCCAGAAAAAAACCUUGUCCAAAAACCGUAGAAUCUGUCCGGAAAAUACGUGAAUCGUGUGCUCCAAAGCCCAAAUCUACUAAACGUACUCAAAAGAGGUAUUGUACAGUCCAGGAACCAAUGUGCAAAAAAGGACGUUACAGCAAGGAAUGUCUUGAUGGCACCCUUAAUUCAUCUGUAUUCGAGAGACUUUAUGGCGAAAAGAAGCAGCUGAACUUCAAGAAAUUGACUGAUGUUCAAAAACGAGAAGUUCAUUUGAGGAGGCAACGUGAAGAGUUCAGGAAAGUCCAAAUGGCUAGAGCUAGCUUACUUUCUUGCCAAUGUUCUGGUUGUCACAAUCAAAGCUCCACAAGUGACUUUGAUUUUUCAGACGCUGGUGAAGUUAGUGAUAUCACAAUUGACUCAACGGUUGUGAAUGAUAACGACAGCGGUUUGGAUGGAUACGAUUGCACUAUGCUCGGGAGAAAUAACAUCCUAAACUCCACCACUAAUACGGAAGCGAACAAUGAAGUUGUUACUGGAAGAGUUAAGGAUUUGGUGGACUCUUUAACUGGACGAUUUCAAGAGAGUAUGACUUUGUGCGUUGUUGACGAUAUCGAUGAAUCGAUCUAG